UGCAGAACCCUCCCUGUCUCCAUGAGGCCCCUCUUCUUCCUGCUCUUGCUCCUGCACACCUGUUUCCUCGGAGGAAAUGGCGGCCUCCAUGAAGGCCUGAAGUUGCUAAAGACUGAGUUUGCACUUCGUCUCUACCAGAGCGCGGCAGGAAUUAGGAAGGCAACCAACUUCAUCAUUUCUCCUGCUGCCGUGUCCAUCCCUCUGGAGAUCCUGCAGUUUGGAGCCCGUGGAAGCACCCGCCAGCAGCUGGAAGAUGCCCUGGGCUACACUGUCCACGACCAAAAGGUGAGAGAUUUCCUACACGCCGUUUAUGCCACACUAGCCAACUCCAGCCACCGCGCCGAGACGGAGCUGGCGUGUACCUUGUUUGUGCAAGUGGGGACACCUCUCUCACCCUGCUUCGUGGAGCAGGUCUCCAGGUGGGCUGGCAGCAGGCUGGAGACGACCAACCUCAGCAAGCCCAACCGCACCGCCGUCCACGGCGACCAACGGGCCUCCGGACAGAUGGCAGUGGAAAUUUGUCCUCCCGAGAGCCCCUGCAUUUUAGUAAUGGCCCUGCGCAGACCGAGGAAAUCUGUGAAGCAAGAAGAGCUGAUCUUGGCCCCCUUCUGCCGCGCACGCGCGCACGCACUCACCCACGCACGCACGCGAGCGCACUGUCACUGCCCCUUCAGAGCUUCCCGCUCCGGGACCUGCCUUGCAGGCUUUGUCCCAUGCCUUUGUCACCAGAGCUUCCACAAAGACUUCGGCCCCAGCAGCGCACAUGCGCAGUUAUCACGGCCAGGGUUUGAUUCUAAGUUCUUCUCCUCCAAGGCCCUUUGCUCCCCGCCGGCAGGUGAGACCCCAGGUGGCCCAUCGUGGGAGCAGGACGAGUCAGCGUUUGCUCAGCUUGUACUCGUGAGCUCCAUGUCCUUCCAAAGCACUUGGCAGAAGAGGUUCUCCACAGACACACAACUCCUGCCUUUCACCUGUGCCGAGGGCCUCGUCCUGCAGGUGCCCAUGAUGUACCAAGUGGCAGAGGUCAAUUACGGCCAGUUCCAGGACCCUGUGGGACAGCAGGUCGGGGUGCUGGAGCUGCCUUACUUGGGAAGUACGGCAAGCCUGUUCCUGGUUAUGCCCCGUGACAAAGACACACCAGUGGCCCACAUUGAGCCACACCUCACAGCCAGCAUCAUCCACAUCUGGACCAACAGCCUGAGGAGAACCAGGAUGGAUGUGUUCCUACCCAGAUUUAGGAUCCAAAAUCAUUUCAACUUAAAAAGCAUUUUAAAUUCUUGGGGAGUCACCUAUCUUUUUGAUCCACUCAAAGCUAACUUGAAAGGAAUUUCAGGCCAAGACGGCUUCUACGUUUCUGAAGCGACCCACAGGGCCGAGAUUGAAGUUUUAGAAGAAGGUACCAAGGCGUCCGCAGCCACAGCUCUGUUGUUAUUCAAAAGGUCUCAGAUUCCUAUGUUUAAAGCAGAUCGGCCAUUCAUCUUUUUCCUGAGAGAACCCAACACAGGUAUUACAGUCAUUUUUAUAGGAUUAAUAUAAAUUAUUUAUUAGCAUCUCUCUAGCAACAAGGGCUCAUUUGUCCACGAUAGCCUAUAUACAAGCAUUCUUUCUAGCUAUAGCUAG